AUGCCUGUCGAUCAAUUCAACAGAGAAACUUUCAACAUGCCCAAUCCUUCGAACUCAUCAAAUACCUCACUGCCAACAUCCUUUCACCAUUUUUCAAAACUAGCUCCAGAACUACGACUCAGUAUCUGGAGGUUCGCAUGCACCGCUCGAACAGUCACGGUUCGAUUCGAUCUCGAGGCUGACAAGUGCCUCUCCUCAUCUAAACCUCCUGCCGUACUCGCCGUCUGCCGAGAAUCACGCCACGAGACAUUAAAGACGUACAAAUUAUGUUUCGGUACGACAUCAAAGCCAGCGAGAAUCUACUUCGACCCAUACCAGGACACCUUAUAUCUACCACGGCAUAGAGAAAUGGGAUACGAUGAUACUCUGCGCGACUUUAAAAGACUAGUCAUGGAUAACGAAGGCGUACUAGACGAAGUCUGGAAAGUAGCAAUCGAGCAUGUCGACUUGAACGUCAAACGUCCAUGGGAGUCUUACAAUAAAGCCUCACUGAUACGAAGCUUUCGAAAGUUAGAAGAGGUUCUUCUAGUACUCCUCGACGACGAGGGAGAGCAUAUUGGCUACGAUGAAGAGGUGGAAUUCGUUACGCCAAAGGUUCAUCCGGAGAAACUGUUACGCAUGUGGGUUGACUUUCGUCAAGCAUUUGUCAUGGAAGAGAAGAUUUUGGAAGAUGUGUGCACGGAGUCGGGGAGAGAGUAUAAGUUGUUUACGUUACCAGCUGUGAGGUUGAGGGGGAUGGUGAAAGCUAUACCGAAAUGCGCGGCGACUAGUGAGGUUACUCUAAUGUUAUCGACGUUGGUCUUGUAG